GGGGAAAAAACGAAGAGGAAAAACAAAAGAGGGAAAAAGAAUAACCCCUCCUGCCGUGGAUCGCUCUCUGCCUUGGUGUCAGCUCCCGGCGUGGCGGGGGGAGCGCGGCGGGGCCCGGACACGUCUACAGAAAUUCCAGGAGGGCCGGGCUGGGCGGGCGGAGGGGAAGGCACGGGAAAGCGAAGGCAAGGGGCGUCCCGGGCAGGAAAGGGGCGUCCUGAACCCCCCGCCCUCCUCCUUCUCCCAGCCGGGCCCUUCCGCCGCCUCAGCCCCAGCGCCAUGGCCAUGGCCCCGGGCAGCCGCUGCUGCCUCCUCCUCCUCCUCCUCCUCCUCCUGGGCGUCUUGGGGGCCCCGGCGCUGGGCGACCCCGGCCCCUUGGAAGACGUGGUGAUAGACAGAUACUAUAUUCCCAAAAUCUGCCUGCGGGAGGCGCAGAUGGGGGAUUUCAUUCGCUACCACUACAAUGGGACCUUUAAAGAUGGCAAAAAGUUUGACUCCAGCUAUGACAGAGGGGCCACGGUGGCCGGUGUGGUGGGCGUUGGGCGGCUGAUCACGGGCAUGGACCGGGGGCUGCAGGGCAUGUGCGUCAACGAGCGGCGUCACCUCAUCGUGCCACCCCACCUGGGCUACGGCAGCAUCGGCGUGGCGGGGCUGAUCCCCCCAGAUGCCACCCUGUACUUCGAUGUGGUCAUGCUGGACAUCUGGAACAAGAAUGACAAGCUGCAGAUCACCACCCUGUCCAAACCCGAGCGCUGCAACCGCACGGUGGAGAACUCGGACUUUGUGCGGUACCACUACAACGGCACUCUGCUGGAUGGGACCCCCUUCGACUCCAGCUACAGCAAGGGCAGCACCUAUGACACCUACGUGGGCACGGGGUGGCUGAUCAAGGGCAUGGACCAGGGGCUGCUGGGGAUGUGCGCUGGGGAGAAGAGGAGCAUCAUCAUCCCCCCGUUCCUGGCCUAUGGGGAGAAGGGCUACGGGACGGUGAUCCCACCACAGGCGUCGCUGGUGUUCAGCGUGCUGCUGGUGGAUUUCCACAAUCCCAAGGAUGGUGUCUUCCUGGAGCACCUGGAGGUGCCAGAAACCUGCAAGCGCCGGGCUGUGACCGGGGACUUUGUCCGCUACCACUACAACGGGACACUCAUGGAUGGGACCCUCUUUGACUCCAGUUACUCCCGCAAUGAGACCUACAACACCUACAUUGGGAAGGGCUACAUCAUCCCUGGCAUGGAUCAGGGGCUGCAGGGGGUCUGCGUGGGAGAGCACCGGCGAGUGGUCAUCCCCCCACACCUGGCUUACGGGGAGAACGGGGCAGGAGAUAAAAUUCCCGGCUCAGCCGUGCUCAUCUUCGAUGUUCACGUCAUCGAUUUCCACAACCCCGCGGACCCGGUGGAGAUCGAGACCGUGUUCCGGCCCGAGGGCUGCAAUGUCACCACCCGCCACCGCGAUUUCGUGCGCUACCACUACAACUGCUCCCUGCUGGAUGGCACCCGGCUCUUCUCCUCCCAUGACUAUGAGAAGCCCCAGGAGGUGACUCUGGGGGCCAACAAGGUGAUUGAGGGGCUCAACAGUGGCCUGCUGGACAUGUGUGCAGGGGAGAGGCGAGUGCUCAUCGUGCCCCCACACCUGGGCCACGGGGAGAGCGGAGCCCGGGGGGUGCCUGGCAGCGCCGUGCUGCGCUUCGAGGUGGAGCUGAUCUCCAUGGAGGAGGGGGUUCCUGAGGGCUACCUCUUCAUCUGGCAUGGAGAGCCACCAGCUAACCUGUACGAGCAGAUGGACCUCAACAAGGAUGGGGGGAUCCCUGCUGAAGAGUUCUCCAACUUCAUCAAGACCCAGGUGGCAGAGGGGAAAGGCCGCCUCAUGCCCAGCUCUGACCCGGAGAAAGUCAUUGCUGACAUGUUCCAGAACCAGGACCGCAACCAGGACGGGAAGAUCACACCCGAGGAGCUGAAGCUCAAGUCGGAUGAGGACCAGGAGAAGAUUCAUGAGGAGCUCUGAGGGGCAGUCCCUGCUGUUCUGGAGACAGGACUCAUCCUUGCCAUGGCAUGGCCACUCUCCCACCCCGGGAUCUGCCCCUGCCCCUCCCCAGACCUGCAGGGGGUUGGGUUUUGAUUUUCACCUCUUAUUAACUGAGGGUAUUUUGAUGUGUUCUCCUGUGCAGGAAAACUCAGCCCCCAGCUAAAAAAUCCAGACAAGAAGAUGUCCCCUCCCUAAGCCCCUUCCUCCUCCACCAGUGACUGCAGGUCCAGCUCCAGCCCCCUCACCUGUCUGAGCUGCAGGCAGGAUGUAGGGGAGGAUCCCCCUCACCUCCACCAGUUUUUUGUAGUUUAGGGUUGGGGAUUGGGUUUUUUAUGUAUACACUUAAAAUUCUUUAGAGAGAAGAAAGAGAAGGCUUUUGUCCCAGUCCCUGCUCUGCCCCUGCUGCCAUCCUCCCUGGGACAGGAGGCUGAAGAAGGCUCAGGUUCCCAGGGUGAACUCUGCAGGCAUCUGCCAUUCCAAAAACCUGGGCCCCUGGAACUGUGGGACCUGGCAAACCCCUCAUCAGCUGGGAGAAGGGAAACAGACCCUCAUUCCCCAGCCCUCAGGGAGCAGCACUGUCCCCCUUCACACCCUCCCCACCACCCAGCCCCAGUGACUGAGACAAUUCAGACCUGUUUAAUUUCAAUGCCUAAAUGCAGGUCACAGCCUUGGAGUGCUCAGGUCCUCCUGCUGGGACCAGCACAGCUCCCAAAACCUCUGCAGUCUGUCCUGGACAGGGACAGAAGGAAUGCAGGAGCACAGCAGUGCAGAGUGAACCCCUCAAACAGAGACUCUGCCUUUGCACCAAAUAAAUCAUUCUCCAGGUUUCCAAGGA